AUGUGUCGUGGUAAAGCCCGUCACGUCCCGUUCAGUGAAUACAAGGCCCCUACCCUAGAAGCAGAGCAGAAGAAGUGGAACAGAAAUACUACCACGGACCGCAGCAAGGAUUCCACUAAAGGAGACAAGAAGACAGAAGUAGGUGAAGACCUGUCGCAUCGGGCUGGAUCGUUGGAGAAGUUGCUGAAAACUUGUCGAAAACCACGCACGACUGGUUCCAUCCUCCUUCGGGAUUAUCAGCUAGGCGCAGGCCGCGAGUUUCUCUCAAACUUAUGUUCUUCUGGAACCCCAAUUGGACAGGUUUCAACAAAUAUGCUCAUCAUAAGCGAGUGA